UCACGUUGACAGGCAGAGGACACACAAGCAGACAGAACACAAGAGAGAGCCACACAGUUCAGAGGCCAGUAUUGAACCGUUAAACACAAUUAAUUAAUAUUAAUGCUUCACAUUAAUACUAAUUCUAAACCAAAACACAAACUGUAGCACUGGUAUUUCCCCGUUAGACUAAGUGUGUCUGUGUCUUUGUCAUACGUACAUGUGCGUGGCCAUAUUUGACAGUGGUCUUUAUCAGCGGUGGCCAGCUGGCAGUAACACACACACACACACGCGCGCACACACUCCUUCCCGGAGCCAAAGAAACGCACUCUUCUGAAGACGUGCAGCGCUGAAGUGAUUGAUAAUCAUGAGGGGCCUCCUGCUCCCGUGUCUCCUCCUCCUGUUUGAAGGUCAAAGGUCGUGUGCAUGUCCCCGUUUUUGCGCCUGUCAUGGCAGUGUGGUGGAUUGCAGCGGCAGGUCUCUCACCUCCUCCUCGCUGCCCUCCACCUUCCCCCCAGGGACCACCGAGCUUCGCCUCCACAACAACCGGCUGACCACGCUCCCUAACGGGCUCCUGGACGGUCUCACCUCCCUCCGCGCCGUCUCCCUUCAUGGCAACCCGUGGGUGUGUGACUGUGGCGUUCUCUACCUGCGGGCCUGGCUGCUGAGUCAGCAUAGCAUCCUCCCCUCACACCUGGGCGUCAACUGUAGCUCCCCUGCAGACCUCAGGGGGCGUCUGGUGGUGUUUCUAACGGAGGAGGAGGUCUUGGAGUCCUGUCAUUACUGGUACUGUAACCUGGCUGUGGUCUCGCAGGUGUGUUUGUUUGUGUUCGUAGCGGCGCAGACGGCUCUACUGGUGGCUGUGAUUGUGUUCCUGAGGAGGUUUGAGACGCUGUCCAAGGAGGCGAAGAGAACCAAGGAGGAGAGUUUUGGAGUCGUGGAGAGUCAUCAGGAUAACGAGUAUGCGCCUUUAAGGGACAGCAGCUUCUGAGAUGGAGCGACAAUCAGUGAUCGUAAAUGGAGAAAACAAGAAAGAAGGUGGAGAGAAAAUGUUGGUCACAGGCCUUUGAGUUUCAGACUUCAAAUGCAGAAUUCAUUUUUAUACACAAGAAGAAUAAGAAAUAAAGUAAAAACCUGAAGAAAUAAGUAGAUAAUAACAGAACGUACCAAAACAAGAUGCAAGGAAACAGUAAGAAUGCAAUGGCACUAAAGGCUGAUGAUGGUUAAUGCAUUUCCCCUUAACUUCAUGUUAACUCCUUUGUGACCCACUGUAUAUGUGUAGACCUCUAUACAGUUUCACAUUCCACUGUAAAGACUGAACAGAAGCAGGUUUCCACAUGGUAUUAAUAUUUCAUUAGUAGCAACAGUUUUGAAAAUGGCUCCUUUUAUGCAAUUACCGUAUUAAAUAACUGUGACCAAAAUAUUUACUUCGAAAAACUUGGAAGUGAUGUGUAAAGCUACAACAAACAUAUUUUUGCAGACAUUUAUAAUAUUGAAAUUCAAAUGCUUGGGAGUUAGCUGAAAUUAGUCUAGUCUAGUCUAGUUCAUUCUCAUCUAUGUUUAGCACCUGGAGCGUCUUUAUUUGUGGAUGUUAACUGAAGACUGAAUAAACAAUGGUUACAUCUGAAAUAUUCAUGUGUGGCACACAGGAUCUUUAAAUCUGUGAUAUCAGGCAAUGUUUUUGUUUUAUAAGUGGGUUCAGCAUUUAUUGUGCAAUGCAAACAUAAAGAACAAAACAACAUAAUUUAUUGUCAUCUCAGAUUCAAUUAUGUCUAUGGUGUUUUUAAGUGAAUUCAGGUAUUGAAAAUAUUAAUUAAAAACGUGUUCACAUUACUUGGCAAUAGUAUUUUUCCUUGACUUAGUGACUGUAGCCUUUAAUUAAAAUAGUUCCUGUAAUAGUUACGCUUAAGCUAUAAAAGCACUAAUUAAAGCCUUAAAUUGGAAACCUGGAACAAUAUUAUAUUCGUUUAUUUACAAGAAUGUUGUACAAAUGCAUACUUGGCUGUAAACUGGUAUGUAAAGUGGAUUUGCGACUAUGAUUAAAAUCUCAUGAGAGAAUUUUUGGAAGACA